GCCUCUAUAAAUUUCAACAUUCCUCCGUUUCUCGUUUUUCGGUUAUAGCUUCUGGUGGUCUGGUCUCCUCAUUCCCAUCCAUCGCCGACGUACUGUAGACUAUCUGCUUCUCGUUUCCAUUAUCCUAGAAAAGAUGAGAAUUCCAUUUCUACACUUCUUCAUCUCUCUCCUAUACGUCCGUCUCGCCGCAUCUCUAACAUCCGACGGCAGAGCUCUCUCAUCUCUGUCACACAACCUCAAACUCCCUCCGUCCAUCGCGUCGUCCUGGAACACAUCCCAAACCACUCCCUGUAGCUGGCAAGGCAUCCGCUGCAACAGAAACCACAAUGUCAUCUCAAUCAUCCUACCAGAAUCCAACGUCUCAGGUCGAAUCGGGCCCGAGAUCGGACGGUUGAGAUUCAUCAAAGAGAUCGAUCUCGGCCUCAACGGUCUCUCCGGCUCGCUCCCGCCAGAAUUAGGUAAUUGCACUCUUCUGGAGUACAUCGACCUUUCAUCAAACAGAUUAAGUGGCGAAUUACCAAAAACCCUUGGAAAUUUACAGAAAUUACUGUUUCUGUCCCUUUUCGACAAUGCGUUUGAAGGGGCAAUUCCGGAAUCUCUGUUCCGGAUUCCGUCCUUGGACGAGGUUUAUCUCAACGAGAACGGGCUUUCGGGUCCGAUCCCGUCGAAUGUCGGGAAUGCGAGCAGGAUCCAAUCUCUAUGGCUCAACGGCAAUGGGUUGUCGGGAAAUGUGCCGGAUUCCGUCGGCAAUUGCAGCCGAUUGAAAGAGCUCUAUCUUAUGCAAAAUCGGCUUGUUGGGUCUCUGCCGGAGAGCCUGACCGGCAUCAAGACGCUCGGGUUCUUGGAUGUUAGUGGGAAUUCUCUAUCGGGUAGGAUUCUGUUUGGGGCAGGUCGCUGCAAGAGUUUGGAACAGCUGGUUCUGUCUUCCAAUCGUUUCAAUGGCGAAAUCCCACCGGGUUUGGGGAAUUGUAGCCGUUUGACGGCUUUUGCGGCCAGGAACAAUACCCUGACGGGUCCGCUUCCGUCUUCGCUCGGCCUGCUAUCUGAGCUCUCAGUUCUAUAUCUUGAUGGUAACUACUUGUCUGGCCCAAUCCCGCCAGAGAUCGGAAAAUGCCGGUCGUUGGUGGAAUUGCAGCUGCAAGAGAACCAGAUUCAAGGAAUGAUUCCUGGUGAAUUGGCUUCGCUGAGAAAUUUGAAGAAUCUUAUGUUGUUUACGAAUCAUUUAGAGGGUGAGAUUCCGGGUGGGAUUUGGAAGAUCCAGACACUUGAGAAUCUUCUCCUCUAUAACAACAAUCUCUCAGGGGAGCUGCCGACUGAGAUCACAGAGCUCCGGCGGUUGAAAAACAUCACUCUCUUCAAUAACCGAUUUUCGGGAAUCAUACCACAGGAUUUUGGGUUCAAUAGUAGUUUAGAAAGAGUGGAUUUUACUAACAAUGAAUUUGUGGGUGAGAUCCCGCCAAACAUCUGUUUUCGAAAACGGCUGCAGGUUUUGAAUUUGGGUUCUAAUCUAUUCCACGGCAGCAUUCCUUCGGAUGUUGGAAGCUGUUCGAGUUUGGUAAGGUUGAUACUAAGCCAUAACAACCUUACCGGGCCGCUCCCUGAUUUCUCAGAAAAACCAAAUCUCUUGUACUUGGAUAUCAGUUGGAACAACAUCAUCGGCCCCAUUCCGUCGACCUUGGGGAACUGCAGGAAUCUCACUUCGAUUAACUUGUCGAUGAACAAGCUUACCGGCCUUAUACCUCGACAGAUAGGAAACCUCACGAAUCUACAGGUCUUGAACAUGUCCUACAACCGUUUGGAAGGUCCAUUGCCAGUGGAGCUUUCACAGUGCAGUAGGCUGUUUUUGCUUGAUUUGGGUUUCAAUUUCUUGAAUGGUUCGAUCCCAUUGAGUCUAAAAUACUUAACAGAACUAGCUCACUUGGUAUUACAAGAGAAUCGGUUCACCAUAGGAAUACCGGACUUCUUAUCAGGAUUCAGUAAGCUGUUGGAACUGCGGCUGGGCCGGAAUUUGCUGGGUGGUAGCAUCCCUCCAUCAUUGGGUGAGUUACAGAAUCUGGCCAUUGCUUUGGAUCUCAGUGACAAUGGACUGAUAGCAGAAGUCCCGCCUGAAUUAGGAAAGCUGAAUGUGCUACAGAGUUUGGAUUUAUCGCUUAACAAUCUGACAGGACCUCUAACACCAUUGGACAGUCUAAAUUCGUUGGUCGAAGUGAAUGUUUCAUAUAAUCAGUUCACAGGUCCGAUACCGGGCCAUUUGAUGAGGUUUCUUAAAUCUUCUCCAAGCUCCUUUUUGGGAAAUCCUGGCCUUUGUAUCCCAUGUUCACUGAGCAACUCAACUUGUACAGGAAAGGGCAGUCUCAGUCCAUGCCAUCGGAGAUCAACUGAUCGGGUGGGCCUCGGUACGAUUCAGAUUGGGAUGCUGACUCUUGGAUCGUCGUUGUUCUGUACUCUGGUGCUUCUUGCAGUUGGGUACACAUUCUUCAAGCGCAGAACAGCAGCAAGGAGUGAGACCUCUUUACAUGAAGGAUCGUCUUUCCUUCUUAAUAAGGUGAUGGAAGCCACUGAAAAUUUGAAUGAUAGAUAUGUGAUAGGCAGAGGAGCCCAUGGAACCGUUUACAGGGCUUCGUUGAGUCAUGAAAAAGUCUAUGCCAUAAAGAAGCUUGUUUUCAUGGGGCACAAGGGAGCAAAUGCAAGCAUGGUAAGAGAAAUCCAGACUGUUGGAGAGAUCCGGCACCGGAAUCUGGUGAAAUUGGAGGAAUUCUGGUUGAGAAAGGAUUAUGGGUUGAUUCUGUACAAUUACAUGGAGAAUGGGAGCCUUCACGAUGUUCUACACGAGAUCAAGCCACCACCGGUUUUGGCGUGGGUUGUGCGGUAUAAGAUAGCUCUUGGAACCGCACAAGGAUUAGCCUAUCUUCACUAUGAUUGUAAUCCUGCUAUCGUGCACAGAGAUAUCAAGCCAAAGAACAUACUCUUGGACUCGGAGAUGGAGCCUCAUAUCUCGGAUUUCGGCAUCGCCAAGCUUUUGGAUCAGUUUUCUACUUCUUCUCAAUCCAAUUAUGUCAUGGGCACUGUUGGGUACAUGUCACCAGAGACUGCAUUUUCAACCAGGAAGAGCAAGGAAUCAGACAUCUACAGCUAUGGUGUAGUCCUACUUGAACUGCUUACCAGAAAGAAGGCCUUGGAUCCUUCCUUUCCAGAGGCAACAGACAUAGUUAGCUGGGCCAAAUCCACCUGGAACGACGCUGAGGAUAUCAAAACAAUCGUGGACACGGGCCUCAGGUGUCAAUUCAUUGAUUCCGUGGUCAUGGAACAAGUAAGCGUUGUUCUUCUAUUGGCCUUGAAAUGCACUGCAAAGGAGGCGAGUGACAGACCCACAAUGCGAGAUGUGGUUAAGCAGCUGAUAGAUGUCAAGGCCUGUGCUGAGCUAAUGGAGGGUUAAGAAAGUGAGUUUUUUUUUUUUUUUCGGAAAUGCCAAUCUGACCAUGUUGGCUGAUCUCAAAUAACUUGGAGAUUGCUGUGAAGAAAUCUGACCGUCGAUGUAAAGAAAAGAUCCGUUUGGUGGUAUACGCUACUCACAGGUUUAUUUCACUCACUGUGGGUGGUGUAAUUUUGAUAUUUCAGUAAUACUUAUAAUACAAAUGUGUACUUGUAAC